CUCAGUCUCGGCAGCGGAUUGGCUGUGCUCGACGUCAGUUGGGCUCGAGGAGCGCGCUGAUUGGUUGGCACGGCGCUAAGCUGCAGGUGUCCUGUGCUCUUAGAGAGGCAGGCUUAGGAGAAGGUGAUCAAUCUCCAUCCGUCUACAUUAGCAAUCACCUUUUACACCGCCGAGCCUCCGGAAGCUUAAAACGAGUUUAUUUGGUUUAUUUUUUAUAUAUACAGAUGUAUAAAAACUGCGGAAUCGCGCUCGAAGCACAGCGCUGAGCAGGUGUGUGAUUUAACCAUUAAAAAGAGGAAAAACAGCCACACAGAGACUGCCUGUUUUCAGGAGUGUUUUAAAGCUUAUUUAUUUGGUUUUUUUUUCUGUUCACCUUCCUGAUCUCUGCAUUGGUUGGAUAUUUUUAUUGUUCAGGUGUCAAUUUGUGAAAAUAUAUCCAACAAGGAAGUUCAGAGAGGAUCUGUAUUUUGGAGGCUUCAGCGCUCAGGCAAGCUGCAUUACCGGGGCGAAUCGCGCGCGAUCUGGGCCGAACCGGGGCGACCCGCGCCUGCCUCUAGCAUGAUGUCAUACCUCAAACAGCCCCCUUACGCCAUGAACGGCCUGGGGCUGAGCGGAGCCGCCAUGGACCUACUGCAUCCCUCCGUCGGCUAUCCAGCAACGCCCCGGAAGCAGCGGAGAGAGAGAACCACCUUCACGCGCUCACAGCUCGACGUCCUUGAAGCUCUUUUCGCCAAAACGCGUUACCCGGAUAUAUUCAUGCGCGAGGAAGUGGCCCUAAAAAUCAAUCUCCCCGAGUCCAGAGUGCAGGUGUGGUUUAAGAACCGUCGGGCAAAGUGUCGUCAGCAGCAGCAGAGUGGCAGCAGCAGCACAAAAGCUCGGCCAGUGAAGAAAAAAUCUUCUCCCACUAGAGAAAGCACGGGCUCCGAGAGCAGCGGCCAGUUCACACCACCGGCUGUCUCCAGCGCCGGCUCUGCUUCCUCUUCCACCUCCUCUUCUUCCUCAUCCUCGACCAACAACAGCAUGUCUACCUCGAUUGGCACGGUCUCGUCCAUCUGGAGCCCAGCCAUGUCUCCAGGUUCAGCACCUCCUUCCUCGUCUCUCUCAGAGCCUGUUCCGCCCUCCAGCGCCUCCUGCAUGCAGCGCUCCAUCUCUGGUUCAGCCUCUUCCGCCUCCUCUUCCUCUUACCCCAUGUCCUACAACCAAACGGCGGCGUAUGGCCAAAGCUACCCCACACCAUCCGGAUCCUACUUUAGUGGCGUGGACUGCAGCUCCUACCUGGCACCCAUGCACUCGCACCACCACCCGCACCAGCUAAGCCCCAUGACGCCGUCCUCCAUGCCCACACACCCCCACCACCACAUCAGCCAAUCUUCAGGUCACCACCAUCACCACCACCACCAUCACCAGGCAUACAGCAGCGCCGGCCUGACCUUCAACUCCUCCGACUGCCUGGAUUACAAGGAGCAAGCGGCAUCCUCCUGGAAGCUCAACUUCAACACUGCGGACUGUUUGGACUACAAAGACCAGGCGUCCUGGAGGUUCCAAGUCUUGUGAUCUGGUGGUGGUUAUUGUAUUUUAUUUUAUUUUUCUCCCCUCACUUUUUCCCACCCUUCAGUCACUCAAUCACAUACUUCACUCUCACUGUUUUUAAUAGUGUGCUAAGUUUCUAUAUAUAAGUAUAUUAAAAAAAAGUUAUACGGACUUACAGAGUUAACAAAAUAGAUGUUCAGCAUCAUAUUCUAAAAAAGAAGAGCCCUGUGUUUGGAGAAGGAGAAACAUGCGACCAUGUGGAAGAGUUUUUUUUUUUUCUUUCAGCAAAACGUUUCAUUUUUCAAAUGAAGAUUACAGUCGGCUUUAAGCAACCUGACAUCAUCUUUUCAGCCCAAUCCCCUCUUCAGCUCUGGAGUAAAAUAAACAUCACACAUUGCGCAAGACUCUGAACUCUGUACAGCUUUUUUUUUUUUUUCUUAAAUCGGUUAUUUUUAGGCUUCGAGAGAUUUUUGUGUUUUUAAUCAGCUUGAGCCGAGCUGAAUCUUGUACAUAGGUAUAUGGGUCCGUUCCAGUGACCACAUUUUAGCUGGCGUUGACGGAAUCUGAGAUGGUUUAAUACUUUUAUGUUAAAUCUUUGUUUUUCCCCCCAGUUUUUUUCCCCCCCAGAAAUGAAGAAUUGCCCGCCGCCGGACUCGCUUCUGAUGUGCUGAUCAUUUCGGUUUGGUUAUCCUGGAGGAAAAAAGAUUUUCGUAUGGAGGAGAGGCCCUAUGUGUGUAGGGCAAAAUGACAUGUAAAGGAAAAAAAUACGAGGCAUAAAUUUAGAGUAGGAGAAUCUGGGUAACGUUUCGUUCCGGUUAAUCGGCAGCAGAAACUGGUGCAUGAGGAGAGAAGUUUUCUUCAGCGGUCAGCUCGGAUGUCGGACACAUUUUCGAAGCACUUGAAGGACUUUCCCCCACUUUUGGAGAGAAAAUGUGGACUUUUAAGGAACAUUUUUCCCAAAAUGCCAGUGAGAUGUUGAAUGUAUUUCAGGCGCAGGCCAUUACAUUCCUGUCCGUAAUAAUAAUGAAAAUAAUAAAGAACAGUUAACUACCAA